AUGACUACGGUCACGUGUAAUCAGUCUUACCAAAGCUGUCAAGGAGGUCGGAUCAACCCUAUCAUCACUUACCGAAAAUCUGUCAAACCGCCACAUCCAAAUCUGACGAAAGCAAUCAAUCAACAAAGCAGCCAAACAGCCAAUCAAUCAAACAGCCAAACAACCAAGCAGUCAAUCAACCAAUCAGUCAACCAAUCUAAGAUGCAAUUCCUACCAAACGUGCAGUCUCAGUUGCCCUACCGGAAAAAACGAUCGCAGUGGCGCAAGUCAACGAUCGGUGAGUCGCAUGCUUUACGGUUCCUCCGGUUCGCAUCAUGUCGUAGGACGAAUGGUCCGAAAUGACACGGGAACUGGUUGUAUUUUAUAUUUUUGAGCGAGCAUAGUAACCACGACUGUACGAUCGUGAAAAAUUCGUACAAACUGUUUAUUUCAUUUAUUAGCUCAGGUCAGGGUUUUCUUG